AUGUAAAUCUAGCGCACAAGCUUUCGCGUACUAGUAUGUCAUACUUACCUCCACCCAGAGAACAUUAUGUCGUUUUAAAGACGUCUUUAAGACAAGUCUAAAAGACAUAAAAAAUCGGGACAUAAGACGUCUUAAAGAUGAUUUAAGACGUCUUGAAAACAAAUCUAAAAGACAUCCUCGAGACAUGUACAGGGUGCGGCGCCAAAAUCCGGACAAAUUUCGAUUUAAAUUUCUCGCCUUAUUGUGCCUCUGUUAGAGAUCGCUGUUGGCGUCUGCGAAAGCCUGAUACUUUUAGAAAACAAUCGUAAUCUCAAAAUAGCUGCGAUGUUGAAACCAAGUGCGGAGUAUAAUCGAAGAGCCGCGAUCAUCGAAGGGCUUCGCGCUGGGCGCUCAGCAAUGGAAAUAAUUCGGUUCUUUGGAUACCCGAGAUCAACCGUUUAUGACGUUGUGACAAAAUGUACGGCUUCAGAACAGUCCAACAAUAGUUCCAGUAUGCCGGCGAGGAAAAGUCACUCGAAAGAACGCACCGCAAGGAUCCCCGCAGUCGUCGAAAGGGCUCAAGCGCUGAUUUUGGAGGGCCCAGGGCAAUCGUUGCGAAAAUUGGCGUCGAUUGUGGGUGUAAGCGAGCCAACAAUGCGUCGAAUUGCCGAGGAGGAUCUUCGAUACAAAUCGUACACACUCAAGAUACGACAGAUACUCUCAGGCUGGCUCAGAUUUGAAUCCCUCGGACUACUACGUAUGGAGCGUAGUUGAAAGGGUUACCAACAAGUCCCGGCAUCCCAAUGUGACGUCAUUAAGGACUACCAUUGAGGCAGCAUUCACCGGCAUGGACAGCGUUGCAUUACGGCGUGCGUGCGGACGCUUCAGACUGACAAUGAGAAUAGAAGCCGACAUUCAAGCUAAUGGCGGAUAUAUUGAAUAAUUAUGGUCUAUAGGGAUCCCCCAAGUGCCAUGCAAAAGGAUUUUUUCUAAUACUUAACUUUUCAUUCAUAAACUUUUGUUCAAAGAAAUUGUUCGCUUUGUCCGGAUUUUGGCGCCGCACCCUGUAUUAUAGGCAUAUCGACUGAUCUCUUUCGCAAAGUUGUAUCUUAAUAUUACGCAAUUUCUGGUUUUUGUACUUGGGCCACGGUCAAGCGGACGUCGAAGAGUUAUUUUUUCUUCUAUAGGAAUGAGAACUAAAAGUUUCUCUUGGAAGUCGUGAUUACUAGCCACUGAUUUACAGUU